AUGGAAUUGCUUACCUCAGGAAAUGAGUCAUCUGUGACUAAGUUUGUCCUGCUGGGCCUAACAGAUUCUCCAGUCCUCCAGCCCACCCUCUUUGUCAUCUUCCUUCUUGCUUAUGUAGCCACUGUCGGUGGCAAUUUCGGCAUCCUUGCUGCCGUCCUCAUGGAACCCAAACUCCACACCCCCAUGUACUUCUUCCUGGGGAACUUGUCCCUGCUGGAUGUUGGGUGCAUCACUGUCACUGUCCCCGCCAUGUUGAGGCAAUUCCUGUCCAGUGACAGAAGCGUUCCCUAUGGCGCCUGCCUCUCACAGCUCUUCUUCUUCCACCUCCUGGCUGGGGCAGACUGCUUCCUGCUGACCGUCAUGGCCUAUGACCGCUACCUGGCCAUCUGCCAGCCCCUCACCUACAGCACCCGCAUGGCCCCGGGAAUCCAGAAAGCUUCUGUGGGCAUGUCAUGUGUCUUUUCCUUCACCAAUGCACUGACUCAAAGUGUGGCCUUGUCUACCCUGAAGUUCUGUGGUGCCAAUGUGAUCAAUCACUUCUACUGUGACCUCCCUCAGCUCUUCAAGCUCUCUUGCUCCAGCACCCAACUGAAUGAACAGUUGCUCUCUAUAGCAGCAGCCUUUAUGGGUGUGGCUCCACUGGUCCUCAUCACCAUAUCCUACGCCCAUGUGGUUGCUGCUGUUUUGAGAAUCGGCUCUGCUGAGGGAAGGAAGAAGGCCUUCUCCACAUGCAGCUCCCACCUCACUGUGGUGAGCAUCUUCUUUGGAACAGGUGUCUUCAGCUACAUGAGGCUGGGUUCAGUGGAGGCUUCAGACAAGGACAAGGGCAUUGGCAUCUUCAACACAGUCAUCAGCCCCAUGCUGAACCCACUCAUCUACAGCCUGAGGAACCCCGAUGUGCAGGGUGCCCUGCGGAGGCUGCUCACAGGGAAGUAG